GAUUUAGCGAUUGAAACUGGGGGUUGUGUUUCAGAUUCGUUAGAAAUGGCAAGGUUUGGGCGUGAUCAUGCCGCAACAACCCUAGUCGUUGCUGGUGUACGCUUUAUGGGAGAAUCCGCCAAAAUUUUAAGCCCAGAAAAAAGAGUCUUGGUACCUGACAUGGAAGCUAAUUGCUCAUUGGACUUAGGUUGCCCUGAUGAAGAGUUUGCAAAAUUUCGCGCCCAAUACCCUGACCAUACCGUUGUGGUUUAUGCCAAUACCAGUGCAGCGGUCAAGGCACAAGCAGACUGGAUGGUAACCUCAUCGAUUGCUCUACCCAUUGCUCGUCACUUAAAAGCCCAAGGCAAAAAAAUCCUCUGGGCGCCUGAUAAACACUUAGGGGGGUAUAUCCAAAAAGAAACAAGAGCAGAAAUGGUGCUGUGGAAAGGCUCGUGUAUUGUGCAUGACGAAUUCAAAGCCAUCGAACUCGAAAACCUCAAAAAACAAUACCCUAAUGCAAAAGUUUUGGUGCAUCCAGAAUCCCCCGCCGAUGUCGUGCGUCUAGCUGACGUGGUAGGCUCAACCUCUGCCAUCCUUAAAGCAGCGCGUGAGCUUGACGCUGACACAUUCAUUGUUGCCACUGACAACGGCAUGAUGCAUGCUUUGCGACAACAAAAUCCACAAAAAUUUUUCCUCGAAGCACCGACCGCCGGAUCAUCAGCAACGUGCAAAAGCUGCGCUCACUGCCCAUGGAUGGCCAUGAAUGAUUUACAAAAUUUGUUAGAAGUGCUCGAAACAGGACGCAAUGAAAUUCACAUCGAUGAAACCAUCCGUACCAAAGCCCUAGUCCCGAUUGAUCGGAUGCUUGCCUUUGCAAAGGAUUACAAAGCGCAGCAAGAAAAAGAUCAACUUGAUGGCACUCACCAUGUUCUGCCACGUCGUGUGUCAAUCACGGCACUUUUGGGUAGCAUUAUCUUGGUAAGCUGUUAUGCUUUGUUACAAAAUCAUUGGUGGGGUCAUCCAGCAGGAAAACCGUUAACCGUGGCUAGUAUUCAGGGUAAUAUUUCGCAAUCCAUCAAAUUUAGUGCUGAUGGCCUACAACUCUCAUAUGACACUUAUAUAAAAUCUCUUGAAAAUCAAAGUGUUGACUUGGUUAUCACGCCUGAAUCAGCCCAUCCGGUAGCACUGGCACAAGUGAUGGAUCAAGUCGGCGAGCGUAUCGUUCAUGCAACAAAGACCAACCACACAUACUACUUACUGGGGGCAAUUUCUGAAGAUUCAGCAACUGAGUAUGCCAAUAGUGCUUAUGUGAUGAACCCAGAUGGGCAAUUUUAUUAUCGAUACGAUAAACAUCACUUAGUCCCUUUUGGUGAAUACAUCCCUGACCUAUUUGAAUGGUUUGUCAAACUAUUACAAAUGCCUUUUGGCGAAUUCCAAGCUGGCGCACUGGUACAAAACCCCGUACGGGUUAAAUCAUUAUGGAUUGCUCCUAACAUUUGUUACGAAGAUUUAUUUGGUGAAGCAAUUGCUCGCUCUAUCCGACAAAAUAGCCAAAAAGGCAUGCAGCCACACAUCCUUGCCAAUAUCACCAACCUUGGCUGGUUUGGCUACGUGAUGGUACUUGACCAACAUUUGCAAAUUGGUAGAAUGCGCGCUUUUGAAACUCAAAAACCGAUUAUUCGCACAACUAAUACAGGUAUUACUGCUUAUAUUGGUGCCAAUGGUCAA